GCCAUUACUGGAACGUAGACUUAGCAAACUGCUGUGUGACCGGAGACGUGUUAUUAUUUUGUGACGUUCCUUAUUAAGUGUUACCAUGAAAUAAUUUUGCGCUAAAAAUUCACGAUGGCAGGUGAGUGGACGACGCCGCGCCCUUCCCAAGUGCAAAAGAAAUCAAAGAUGGGUGAUCAUCCCAAGAUCAUGGUCUUCCGGCCAACUUGGGAUGAAUUUAAGGACUUUAAAACUUACAUCGAGUACAUUGAGUCGCAAGGAGCUCCGAAAGCUGGUCUAGCUAAAAUUAUUCCUCCCCCUGAGUGGUGUCCCCGCAAACAAGGGUAUGACUUGGAAUCCCUGGAUUUGACCAUUCCUGCGCCCAUCUGCCAGGUGGUAACUGGCAAGCAGGGUCUUUAUCAACAGAUCAACAUACAGAAGAAAGCCAUGACGGUUCGAGAGUUCAGCAAACUAGCAAAUAGUGACAGGUACCGUACUCCAAGGCACACCUCGUUUGAAGAUCUCGAGAGGAAGUACUGGAAGAACAUCACCUAUGUUUCCCCCAUAUAUGGAGCCGAUGUUUCUGGCAGCAUCACAGACGAGGAUGUUGAUGAAUGGAAUAUUAAUCGGUUGGGUUCCAUAUUGGACUAUGUGAAUGAAGACUACGGAAUCAGUAUUGAAGGUGUCAACACAGCCUAUCUCUACUUUGGUAUGUGGAAGACAACUUUUGCUUGGCACACAGAAGAUAUGGACCUAUACAGUAUCAACUAUUUACAUUUUGGAGCCCCCAAGACAUGGUACUCCAUCCCUCCAGAACACGGACGAAGACUUGAGAGAUUGGCAAAUGGUUUCUUCCCCAACUCCUUCAAAGCAUGUCCUGCCUACCUACGGCACAAGAUGACGCUGAUGUCUCCACAGAUCCUUAAACAGUAUUCUAUUCCUUUCAAUAAGAUCACUCAGGAGGCUGGAGAAAUCAUGAUCACCUUUCCUUAUGGUUAUCAUGCUGGAUUCAAUCACGGCUUUAAUUGUGCUGAAUCAACUAACUUUGCCAUGCCAAGAUGGGUAGAGUAUGGCAAACGUGCUACGCAGUGCCAAUGUCGUGGGGAUAUGGUCAAGAUAUCGAUGGACACGUUUGUCAAACGAUUCCAGCCCGAGAGGUAUGAACUUUGGAUUGCUGGCAAAGAUGUUGGACCCCACCCCGAAGAUCCGACUAAAUCGACUGCAGCAGCUCAGCCGUCAAUUAAUGACAUACUGUGUAAUAAGAAGAACGAGCUGCCGUCUCCAAUGCUAGAAGAAUUGCUCAACCAAUCUCCUAAGAAGAAGCCAAAACGACACCCUAUACACCAGAACAAGAAUGAAGAGGAGUUGAACUUGACAGGCGAAGAAGUGGAUGAGGAACUUGUGCAAGUCCUGGACGACAUCUAUGCAAAGGCUGGGGAGUCAUAUUCUGAAUCUGUCUCCCCUGUGCCUUUCAACUCGCUGAAACGACCUAUGCCUGGGACAUCUGGAUAUUUUGCUAAGAAGAAAAAGCACACUGAUGCAGAAAAGGGGGGAAUACCAUCUGCCAUGGCUCGAUCAGUCACUCCCAAAAUUGAGUGUCUGGACGGAGAUAGUGAGGAGGAGGAGGUGGAUGAUGAAAAUGCUUUGCAGGAGGAACUGAGCAAAGCUCUUUCAGACAUCGAGGGUCUCAUACCUAUGCAACAGAAUGAACUUGAUGAGGAAUUUCCAGCUUUUAAAACUUCCAGUUUGUUGAAGUCAUUCAGGAUGAAGAAGGCAAAAGGUUCAAAAGAUUUCAAGAAAAGCAGCAAAAGUAGUGAACCUCAGUCAGAGAGAGCAGAAGGAAAAGUGAAAGGAGUAAGCAGUCAAGAAAUCAAGUCAGAGCCGGCUUCGGAAAGUUCACAGAUGAAAACUGAAAUGGAUCACAAGGAUGUUGGCAGUGUACAAGAACAGAUGAACAAUCUUCCUUCACCAAGUACAAAAAUCAAGCCAGUUUCUCAUUCAGCAGGUGGCAUGCAAGUAAAACAGACUCCACAACCAAUACCAAAUAUACAGAUGAAAGUAGCAUCUGCCUCAUCUAGUAAUGCAGCGAACAAGCAGGUUCCUCAGCAUAUGGGACGUGUUCCAGUGAAGCAGGUAGUUAAUUCCCCAGGACCUCGUAUGAAUGAAUUUCAGCCGAUAAGAAGUUCCCCCACAAAAACUAACCAUCAGACUCCUGGAAGAUAUCAGAAUAAGCCAAAUACAAAAGUUGCCCCCUUUGCACCUAGACCGAUUGGAAGGCCGCGAAAUGUGCAGCCAAGUCAGGAGGCAGGGAAAAUUACUUUUAAGGCAGCAAAUUCUAAAAACUCUGGAAUGAGUGAAUCAGACUUGCUGCUGGAAAAACUGAGAUUAGCUGGUACAACUAUUUCAGUGCCUGCAAGUAGAGGAGCUGUAGGCAAACAAAAUGUAAAAAUGGUACCGAAAGUUAAUCCAAUUAAUGCAAAUACUGCCAAUGAAUUGGCACGUUUAAAGAGGAGAGGAGUUGGUGCAACUUUCACAGCAACAAGAGUGGAGAGAACUGUACCCACGGUAGCUGCCAGGAUGAUGCUGCCUUCCAAGAGCUCUGUUGUGGUAGGAUACAGAGAGAUGUUGCCAAGUGGGCCACGUGGUCCUCGUCCUAAAAUGGAGUGCACCAAGGGUUCUCCAGGUGUACCGCUCGUCCAGAUUAAUCCUGCGAGUUCACAGCAGCGCAUAGCACCAAAGAUGACUCCACAGAUGUCACUCAGUCCACAGGGAAGAAGUGGUCCAGGUACUAAACAGUGGGUACAAGGUUCCCCUAAUGCAGGCAAGAAUUUAAUUACUAAAGUGGAUAGGCACCAAAGUAAUCCCGGUGCUGUUAUAAAACCACAGGUUGCAGUCAAGAUGUCAAAUGGGACCAUCAAGAGUAAUAAUGAAGAGGAUGAAAUUGAAAUCCUUGAAGAGAGGUUAAGCCCUCAAAGACUAAGAUUGUCUUCUGAAGGGAGUAAUGCAGAAGAGGAUUCCAGAGAGUCUUCUGGCAAUCUUGACCAAGAUGCUCUCAAAGAAGCUGUCACCUCAGAAGAUGAAGAAUCUCAUAAAUCAGAUACCCCGAUAAAAGAGUCGGCACUAGAGAUACAAAGUGAAGAUUUCAAUUCUUCCCAACCACCACCUGCUUCUUAUUCUCGAACACCAUCCCCAUCCUCAUCUCCAGUUUCUCCUUCACCAUUUUCUUAUGUUGACGUCAACGUUGAGCCAUCGCAGAAUAUGCACCUAGCCCGCUCUAAAAAGCGUGAAGCUUCAAUGCCUGGUCAUCAGUCUUGUGAAAUCCAAGAUAAAGCAGAAACUAUGGUAGGUAAAGAGCUGCCUUUUCAAGGUAUGGAAGCUGAAGAGCAUCUGUUGCAUGGUAUGGAAAGUAUGGAAGAUGAAGAGCUUCAUUAUGAAGGUAUGGAAGCUGAAGAGCAACCAUUGCCAGAUACAGAAGCUAAAGAGUUUCCUUUGCACGGUAUAGAUGCUGAAGGGCUUCCUUUACAGGGCAUGGAAGCCGAGGAAUUUCCUUUGCAAGGCAUGGAAACUGAGGAGCCUCUGGUGCAAGGUGCAGAGGCAAAGCAGUUUCAUUCCCAGAGUAUUACUGAAAUGGAGCAGCCACUCCCUCAAGAGGCAGCUGUAGUUGGAGGAAGUGUGCCAGAAGUUGCGGGGAAUGAAAAUAUGCACAGCAGUAAAGAAAUCCAUCCAGUGACCCCUGUAACCUCUGUAUCUUCAUUACAUACGUCCAUUGUACCAGAGCAUGUGCAGGAAGGAACUUCAGCGCACAUGCCACAUCAUGAAAUGGCUUCAGAUGCCCCAUUCAUUGAAUCACACGAGUUGGUUCCACAGACACAGAAUGCACAGCCACCCGUGCAUAUGUUCUCUCAUAAUGAUGAUGUACAAGGGGGUCAGAUGGAGGCUGUUUUAAGAUAGAGGAGAGCACAGCCCAAUCAAAGUCGUACAAAUAGAUAUUAGUGUUUAAUACUGAUGAUUAUAAUUUGAGAUAGAGACUUCUACAUAUUAAUUUCUGGACUUCCUUUAUAAAAAAAGAUGGAUAUAUAUAUAGGUAUGUACAUAUUUAAGGUAUUUUUGUGUAGGAUUUGUUGCGUAAACUACAUGAUAGGAUAUUCGAUUUUGCAAAAGGAAAACUUCAACACUGCAUAAUGACUGGAAUUUUGAAAAAAUUUCUGCCAAUUUUUUUCAGUGAUUAAAAUUUCUGCCAGUUUUUUUCAGUGAUAAAAAUAUAACAGUAAUUGGUAUAUUAUCUUCCACAUAAAAAUGGGCUAUAUUUGGUGGUCAUUGUGUGGACAUAGUUUUGAAAUGUUAGAUAUGUUUACAAUUGAAGAUUACCUUAGAUUUGUGAUUGUUUUUAUGUUUCAAACUUGUAGAAAGGGUAUCUUAAUGUUUGAGGAAGUGUAGUGUGUGUCUAGAAUUAAUGUCAAGACAUUUUUUUUUUUUUUCAUCUUGGAUGUGUUACUGUAUGUAGUAUCCAAGGAUGCGUCACAUCUGCGUGUUGAUUAGGGUACCCUUUAAGAUAUCUUUUAUGAUUUGUCUAUUUAUAAGAGGUUUAAACAUUACUCCCCCUGUUCCCAUUGCACCUCCACCAACAUUUGUUAUUCUUCCAAUUCCUUUCUUAUCUUUCAGACCAUUACCUUUUCAUUUUCACAUCCAGUAAUGUUAUCUGUAGUUCACCUUAAUUUUUUUUUUCUUUUGCUUAUGAAAAAGGAAUGCUUGUACUGAUCUCAUAUUUGAAACAUAGACUAUUAAGUUUAACUUUUCCCUGGUUCCAGAUAACAAAGUUCUUGGAAAAUCAAGGAGCAGACUUGAAAGCAAAGCAAAAAAAAAGGGCAUGUGUCAAACCCUGUUUUUGCAGCUUAUUACUCUGCCCCUUGUUUUUCCACUCCAUAUACCUUUUACGGUUGCACACAUUGACCUGCUAUGAUUCCAGGAGCAACAUUUUUUAAAAAGAGAGAAUUGUUGUUAUAUUUUCACGAAUACUGUACACUUGCGGAUUGAAUCAACCAACUUGAGCGGUUUUCUCCUCAUCUGAAUGUACCUGUAAAUUAUCAUUUCAUGUUUAUAGCAUCACAUCCCUAUUCUAUUUAUAGCUUGUCAUUCGGCCACUAGCCUAGUGUACAUUGACUAGUAGAGUGUCCACAUCACCAUUAACUGGUGCCCAUGUAUUGGCACUUGACAUCAUAGUCACCAAAAUCAUGCAGUAUGUACAUAAUAUUUGCCUUUAUGUUUAAUUGAAAGUAUAGUUAUUUUGCAUAAGAGUUAACAAUCAUUUCAUCAUAUGUUUUUUUCAUUCAUUUCAUCAUAUAUUUUUUUUUUUAUAAUUCCUUUCAUUCAUCUCAUAUAUUAGGUUCACCUGAUGAACUGUUUAUCACUUAUUUCAUGUCAGCCUGCAGAGUUUGCAAUACAGGUGAGAGCACUAUUUGUUGAAAAGGUUUUUGCAUAAAUUCAUUGCAAUUGGGGUUAUUUUGUCAUGAGAGAAAAAGACUUAACAGUAGUUUUAUGUAGACAAAGGAAAUAUUAAAAGCAUUGGGAACUUGAAUGAUGGUAACAAGUUUUCAAUAAAAUUUUGUCUCCAGUCAGUGAAAAAACACUUUAAAGUAUUCAUUGCUUCCUUUGAUUUAUUGCUUCCUUUUUGAUGAAUCAAUUCCUGCAAUGCUGUGAAUACUCAAUUCUUGAAAUUACAAGGAAUGUAAGGUCUGGGAAGAGAAAGAGUACCUGUUAACCACAGCUGUAUGGAUUCAUGUCAUGCUGACUAAAUAUCACAUUUUUUCAUGGAACUGUAAAUAUGAACAGUUGUCUCAUUUCAUUAAAGUGAUGAACUGA